GGGCCAGCUGAAAAAGACAAUGUGAAAACCCGGAAAAAUGAGAGCGCUGUGGUGAUCUUUAAAAUGUGCCCGUAAAACAGCGAUAGAAUAAUCUGUUUUGAUGGACAUCGCAAGAGCACGUGAGAUGUAUUUAAAAUAUAAUACCACGUGAUAAUUAUGUUAUUGUACUCUUCCCCGUGCAUCAACACCCAGUGGAAGUCGAGUGUCAACCUCCGAUCCACAUCGCUGUAUGCUCCAUGAUGCAUUUUGCGAGAACCACUGCAUUCGCGUUAAAAGAAGCUUUUUCAAGUUUCAGCCGGUUAGAAUCAAGCCUAUAAGGGGGUGUGUGAAAGGCUGACGAAGCAGCGGCCUUCCGUUACUCCCAGAGUUGUGCGGUGCCCCGGUGCCCACCUGGGAAAAAUGUCGGCAGUGCCAAAGACCCGGCUGGGGAAGCGCUCGCCCUUUGGGGCGCUCGUGUGCACCCCCUGUCCCUUGGCCGAGGAAGGGCGCUGUGGGACGGAAGCGGCUGGGCUCAGGUUCCAGGGCUCGGACUUGGUCAGGAUGCCCCUGGAUCAGCUGCCUGGCCAGGUGGCCCCUGUUGGGAUGGAGGCCUACUGGAAUAUGUCUGCCCCACUUCCACAGACUCUGCCCCCAACAUGGCCGGUGUCUUCCAGCAUCGACGUCUGCAGGAGGAGCCCAAUCUCUGUGGACAUGGACAAAAUGAUGGCGGCCAUGGUCCUCACCAGCCUGUCCUGUGGCCCCAUAGUCCAGAGCCCCCCCCAGAGGAACCCGGAACCUGGAGAAUGCUGCCACAGCUCCUCUGUCCACCAGGGGGCGCUCUGCGAGCCUGAGAGUGCUGGAGGUGAGCUGUCUGACAGUGGCAGCAGUGGCUACUGGAGCCUGGGCCGCGGCCACGGCAGCCCUGCUCCGUCGCCGUGUCCGGCCGACAUGGCCACCGGCGCUGCCCCUCCCCCCGAGGACGAGCUGGACCUGGAGCAGGAGCUGUUUGGCGAGCCAGCACCCAGGAAACGCAAGAACUCCUUGAAGGCAGCCUACCGAUGUCUGUGGCCAAGCUGCUGCAAAGUCCUGUCCUCUGUGGUCGGGGCGAAGCGGCAUGUUCGCGUGGUGCACCUGGGCAGCGAUUCUGAACGCUCCAGGAGAGAGGAGGACUUCUACUACACGGAGAUCCGGGCCCAGCCCGACCCGUCGGCCCCGCUGGCCCCGCCGGCCGGUGUGAGCGCCGCCUGUGCGUCCUGGCCGUCCUGCUCAUCACCAGCCAGCCCCACACUUCCGGUCGUCCCAGAGCUUCCUGCGGCGCUGCCCGGUCCACUCAGCCAGUCAGCUCCAGGCUGCUUCUGGCAGAUCCACUCCCAACAGCGGUACCAGGCGUGUGCUCCCGUGCAGGAGACUGCCAGUCCAAGCAGCACCUCUCCCUGCUCCUGGGUCCCCUCCCUCUCCACCACCCAGAGCAGAAAGGCCGCCCCGUUCCGCUGCCGCUCCGUUAGUGUCGGGGAGCUGUGGGUGCCGCAGCACAGCGCCCCCUCUGGGCCGCAUCACACCAGCGCAUUCCCCCUUCGUGGACAUGGAACCUCUAGAAGGGUGCGGGGAGAGGCCAAGAAGUGCCGGAAGAUGUACGGCAUAGAGCGGCGGGAUCAGUGGUGUACGGCCUGUCGCUGGAAAAAAGCCUGUCAGCGCUUCCUGGACUGACUCUCACGGAGGCGCAGAGACGCCGCCCCUUUAAGGCUCUGGGUGGCUCCUUUCCUACCUUACUUGGUUUUUCCUUCUGUCUUAAUGAGGUGCUCUGAGGUCAGUGUCGUCCCGCCAGACUUCUCCAUCGGUGCUGUCGCCAAGCAGUCUCACCUGAACACACACCUCCCAACAGGCCAAGGACGUUUCCUUUUUUAUAUUCAGCUCUACUCCGCCUACCAGGCUGCACCAGCCAAUCGGAAUGGGCUUUUUUUUGGCACCUGUCACCCUGGCAACCCCUUUUCCUGCAUGCCCAUAUGUGAAUGAAUGAACAGAAGCUUUUUGAGUGUGUGAAGGAGCAGCCAAGAGCAUUUUGGACAUCAUCUCACUCACUCGCCAUGAGAAAAUUCCCCUUUUAGUUGGUUUUUGUUGAUUUUGAUCUAGAUUCCACUUGGAGAAAAUCAGCACAUACACAACACAGCCACACUUCCCGGCCUUGUUUUGCUUUCUCGCUGCUGGAACUCUCUUCUUUUCCCAGAAGUCAUUUUGAGUUUACACUACAGUUGUUUACGCCAUGGUAAGCCAUUUAUAAUCUUCAAACCCCUGGCGUGGUGGUUUUCAGCCAAGGAACGUGCAGUUUGAGGACAAUGGGUCCUCAUAAUUGCUUUGCAUUGCACAAAAGGUCUGCAGAACUUGGUCAGAGAAAACACAAGAUGACCAGUCUGGGUUUUUUAUUUAAAAAAAAAAAAAAAAAAAAAGAAAUGACUUAAUUUUUGAAAAUGACUUAAUUUUUACGUCGAACUCCCUCCUUUCUGUGCAGGCUGCACUGCUGGCAGCCAAGCCAGUGGCCACACUUCACACUUUUAUUUCGGUGUGCCCAUGCAAUUUUGUGGCUUCUGUUGCAGCCACACGGUCAGAUGUCCCGCGUUUCUGUCUCCUACCCAACGCAGUGCAGUGGCAUUACAGAAAAACUACAGUGUGACAUACAGACCAAGAUUAAAUCCUACCCUUGCCCUAAGGCAACAGAUAAACAGCAGUUUAUCAUUUAAUGCCUGGCACUGCACAUGGUAAAUUGAUUUAGUUUUGUACAUGUUGCAAUGUAAUCCAAUGCCUGUUUUGUGAUGUUAAAUCCAGUGUAACUUCUAUCCUGUCGCAAGUCCACAGUGUGUCUCUUGCUGUCCUUUAUGUUUGAUGUAUGUCUUUUUUUUCGUUCAUUUUUGUCCUGUUCUAACAAGUGCCCCAGAAGUACAGUUUCAGUAAUACUCUUUAUUUCUUAAAGGCACCUGGGACUCGUUUCACUUGGUUGUAAUGACUGAGAAAUAUAGUUUUGCUUUUUAGUGAAUUACAUGUGUUUCUUUAUCAUCAUUGACUGAGGUGUUGCAACCUGGGUGAAAUCAGACCUUGUAACAUUGUUUGUGUCCAUGGUGACAUCACAACUACAUUAUUCUGUCAGUCUUUGUCUCCUUGGUGGAUCUGUCCCACAUACCUGCCAAAAUAAAAAUACAGAAAUAAA